AGAAUCAAAAUAAAAAUCAGAAAUAUUUUAAGACUAUUUUUAUUAGGAUGCAGAGCAAAAAUUGAAUAUUAAUCUGCUUAUUUGGAAGUAAUUUAUAAUUUUGAAUAGAAAAUCGAAUUGAAAAAGAAAAAAGGCAUUUAAAAUUAACAAAAGAUGAGUUCAACUGAGGAACCAAUUCAUAUUGGAAAUUAUACUAAAGUAAAAAUAUUAGGUAAAGGUAGUUUCGGGGAAGUAAGCCUUUGGAGGAAUAAAGGAAAGUUUUUUGUUUGCCUUUAGGUACUUUUGUACCUACCAGGGAAAAAACCAAAUGAACCAGGAAAUUAGAAAGAAAACAAUCAUAAGACGGUACUAGUUUAUGUUCUUAAAAUAGAAUAAACCACGAGAUUUAAUUAUAAUAUUUCUAUUUUUAAUAUUAGAUGUUAUUUUUUAUUAUUUGUGCGAUUUUUUAUAAUUUGCAUAUACAUGAAUAUUAUUGCACGUACCUAUCUGCCUAUUUCGCAAUGCAUAUUAUGUACAUAUGUAUGCACAGUUGUGUAGUCGGUGUCUUUGAAAUAUUAGUAUAUAACUUUUUCAUUAUUAAGUAUGUAUGCCUAUCUCUAUCGAUAAACGAAUUGCAUCCUGAGUUGAAUAAUAGAGAGUAUCUAGGACCCAAAUGUGCAAUAGGGAAAAAUAUUAUGACAUUAGCAUUUAAUACAUUAUGUAAUUUUAAUUUUAAAAUAUUAACCAUUUGUAUUGAAGAAUUGAUAAAUUUCUUUUAGCUCUUGAAUGUCCUCGCUCUUAACAUUGGAAAAAACUACAUAAUUAGAUUCGUUAUUCUAUGUUUAAAAAAAUUUUCUUUGCAUUUUAUAAUACAAAAUGAAGGGAAUGUGAAAUUUAUUGUUUAAUAUGUGGUUUGACCAUAAAAUAAUACUUCUUAAUGUACAUACAUACAUACAUAAACUUUCCCUUUAAAAAUAAUUUUUAAAAAAAUAGAAUUAUGAUAUCAUUGCCAUUUUAUAACAUCGGCCAAAUUUUACAUUAUACAUUUAAGUUAUUUUAAGAUUACAGCUCUUAAACGGGUAGGUACCUACUUGAAUAUAUGUAAUUUUAUAAUUAAUAUAAUAUUUAUAUUUUGAUUUUAUUUCAAUAUAUAUGCAAAAAUAAUUUUGUGUUUGAAUUGUAAGAUUAGUUAAACUAUGUAUAUUGCGUUGAUAUUUCAGCUAUUAAAAAAUGCACGGUCAAUUUAAAAACUUUAGCGGCAGAUCAAGCAAACAAAUUGAAGGAAAGAUGGUUGAGUGAGCUUGAUAUGAUGAAAAAUAUUGUACAGUGCGACCAUAUUGUAAAAACAGUUAAUGUAAGUCAAACAUUUAUGGAUGAAAUUGCAGAAUAUAAUAUAUCUGGACUUCCGUUACUUACAAUGGAAUACUGUGAAAAUGGAGAUUUAAGGCUAAUGCUAUGUAAAAUUGAAAACUCUAAUGGUCUCAAAGAAAGUGAAUGUAGAAACGUAUUAAAAUGCUUAAGAAAUGCUGUUAAAGCUCUUCACGAAAUUAACAUUACUCAUCGUGAUAUUAAACCUGAAAAUAUUGUUAUACAAAAUAAAAAUGGUAGAAAUAUUUAUAAGCUAACGGACUUAGGAUAUGCUAAACAAAUAUUUCGAACUGCAGAGAACAGUUGUGUGGGUACACCAGGCUAUUAUGCUCCUGAAAUAAUUACUUCUCCAGAAUAUUCAAAACGUGUUGAUUACUGGUCAAUGGGUGUUAUUGGUUUCGAAGUUAUAUGCGGUGUCAGACCUUUUAUCCCGCACGAAACAUUAGUUAAAUGGAUGCUGGCUAUAAAAGGAAAAUCUUCAAAAGUUAUAGCUAUAACUGAAAAUAAUAAAAAAGAAAGAAAGAACCAUGAAAAAAUUUUUAAUGAAAGUCAAGUUUCAGACAUGUUUAAAUUUUUAGCUGAAAAUUGGUUGACUUUAGCUUUAGAAUAUGAUGGAAAGCAACGUGGGUCACAAUUUGUUGAAAGUAACCUAAAAUCAAAUACAAAUUUAGCAGAACCACCUAAACUUGUAUUUAAAUUUUAUUCAGAACUUGAUAAAAUUAUCAAUGCGAAAAUUUUGAAAAUAUUUUGUUUAACAAGUUACAAAUUCUUAAGCUAUAUAAUUUACGAUAAUACUACAAUGGAGGAAUUGAAACAUAAAAUCGAAAAAAUUACUUCGAUACCCAGUUCCGAAAUGUAUUUUAUUAUACCAAUUGAAAGUAACGUUGACCAAAUAAAAGCCGAUACGAAACCUAUUGAUUUUUUUAUUAAAAAUAGUGACGAAGUAAUGUUAUAUGUUACCCAAAUUAAUAAAAUAUGUGAAAAACCAUCCGAUCCGCUAAUAUCGCACGUUAUUCAAGACGUUCUCAAGAUGAAGAAAGAUGAAAAAAUCGAACCAUUUUAUUUUAAAGAAUUUAUUAGACAUGUUGUUUGUACGCUUAGGAAGGAGCAAUUACAUUAUGUUACAUUAUUAAAUGGAUUGAAAAAUUAUGCUCUAAAUUUAAAUGACUCAAUAGAGAAAAAUCAAUCAAACAAAGAUGAGAUGAAAAAUAAAACAUUGAUUGCAAUGACAAAAGUUAAUUCUCAUGUUGCAUCAGUUAGUCAUACAAGAAAUAAAAUUGAAGAAAAUUGUCUUAUGGAUGUCGGAGAACAAUAUUUAUCAAAAUGGGAACAAAAUUGUAACAAGCUACAGGAAGAGACUCAAAGGUUCGUAGAAGCAUAUCUGAAAGUGGUACAACGUUUUGAUUCAAUAUUACGAAGAAGUAGAAAAGUGUUAGAUUCAAAAAUUCUUUCAAAUAUUAAUAAUGAUCAAUUUGAGGUAGAGAAAUAUGAGAAAAAAUAUCAACUAAUUAGACAUUUAAAAGAAUUUGAUCGUCUGAAGGAUGAAAGUGAAUCAUUUCAGAAUAUUGUUUACGACACGAUAAGAAGACGAAAAAAUCUUCUACAAAGUGUGGAUUUUAAAGACUUGCAAACAACUUUAAAUGAAAUUCAUGUUGAAUAUGUGGUAUGUUACAAAAUCAUUUUAGAUUCUCAAGCAUACUUAAGACAGCACGAUAAUGAAAUACAAAAAGUAAUUAAUGAAUAUCAUGAUGAGUUGUGGGAAUUUCAUGACUCAAUGAAAAAAAAUGAUUCUUUAAAUGAUAGUCGGCCAAAUUUGGAUUCACUUUUAACUUUUGAAAAUUCAAAUGAACAUUUGGUUUUUGAUAAUUUGACAUCAAAUAUAACAAAAGAUGAUGGUAGUACGAUUUCUUGUUUUGGUGAAACAAAUGACACCAAGAGUUUAAUAGAAGAAAAUGAUCAAAUAAGUGGAGCAUUUGAAGAUCUCUUGAACGAUUUAGAUCAACUUUUAAAACAAAUCAGUUAAUACAGUAUAUUGUUCACAUACGUUUGUUAAAGAAGAAACAUUGUUUUAAAAAACAAAGAAAAAUUUGAAACGCCAAUUGUUUGUUUGUUAAGUUUUGUAAUAAAGGUGUGCAAUAUGUUGUAGAAUUAUACUAAAUGUUAUGUAAAAUCUUUUAUACUAUGCUUUAUCUAAUAAAUAGAAUUA